AUGACUCUCUACUACUCACUUGUGUUCCUGCUUCUGGUGUUCGAGAUGGGUGUAUUCCUGGCCCUCGUUGUACCUCUGCCUCACACCGUGAAGCGCAAGCUGUUUGCCUUCAUCUCUGAGAGCCCGAUCAUAGCGAAGCUGCAAUAUGGACUCAAGAUUACCUUUAUCUUCAUCCUCAUUUUGUUCAUUGACUCUGUCAACCGAGUUUACCGCGUGCAGCAGGAACUGUCUGCCUUCACUAAGGAUGGUCCCGGCAUGGGAGCCGCACACCUCGGUACCGACCGCAUGGAGGUCCAGGCCCGCAAGUUCUAUUCGCAGCGCAACAUGUAUCUCUGUGGAUUCACUCUGUUCCUCUCCCUGAUUCUCAACCGCACAUACACCAUGAUUCUGGAGACUCUCCGUCUUGAGGACCGCGUUCGUCUCUUUGAGGGCGACAAGAAGGCCGGCGGCAAGGACUCUGCCCGCAUUGCGGAGGCUGGCUCUGUUGGCGAGAUCGGUCGCCUCAAGGAGAUCAUCGCUGCCAAGGACCGCGACAUUGAGACUCUCAAGAAGCAGUGCGAAGGUCUGACCCGCGAGUACCACAGUCUUGGCGAUCAGGUUUCCUCUGAGAAGGGCGACAAGAACGAGAAGAACAAGAAAGACCUCUGA